AUGCCAAUUGCUUACAUUAACGGAAAUGUCUACACUGUGGACGAAAAUAUGAUGAGAGCUGAAGCUUUUAUUGUUAACGAUGAUGGAUAUUUCGAUGCUGUAGGAACCACCUCAGAGAUUCAAGCAUUAGCUAGUGGAAUGCUGAUCAUUGAUUUAAAAGGAGAAUUUGUUAUGCCUGGUAUGCAUGAUGCUCAUUGUCAUUUGUUAAUGGCUAGUAGAGAGAAGCUUUUUGAUGCUAAAUUGGGUGUCUAUGGUACAACCGAUGAGAUUGUUAAGGGUUUGAAACAACAUCAACAUGAUCAAUGCGGUCACUUGCAGUCGAUUUCCAACUGGUUGAUUGGAAAUUUCUAUCAUUAUCGAUCAUUCCCAAAUGGUAAACCGGACAGGAAAUUUUUGGAUGAUGCUUUUGGUGAUCAACCCGUGGUUAUUAGAGAAUAUACUACUCAUAAUAUCUUUGCAAACACUGCAGCUUUGAGAGCCGCCGGGUAUGAUAUUGAAAGAGAACAAGAUCCUGUUGAUGGCUGGUUUAUCAGAGACGAAAAUGGUAGAAUGACAGGUGAAUUAAUUGAAGGUGCAGCCACAAAAAUGUUUAAUGCUAUUCCUAAACUUCGUUCUGAAGAUAACAUAGUUGCUUUAAAGUAUGGCGUGAAGAUGAGUAACAGGUUCGGUUUCACUGCUGUACAAGAAGCUUCUGCAAACACUGUGUAUUUGGAAGCAGCCAAAGCUUUGGAAGAGCUGGGUGAUUUGACUAUUAAUUUAGAUGCACAUGUUGUAGCCUAUGGAGUCGGUGCUUUCUCCCAAGAGGUGGUAGGUACUUUACACCAUGCUUUAUACAAUGCAAAGGACUACAAAUCAAAACACUUCAAUCCCAUGUUCACUAAAUUUUGGUUAGAUGGAGUGCCUUGGCCUGAAAACUAUAGUCAUUGCCCAUUAACCGAAGAUGGAGAAGUUGACUAUAAAAGAUUAUUGAUUCCUCAAGAUACCUUCAAGAAAGCUAUUGAGCAAUUUGACAAAGAAGGAAGAACUUGUAAAGUCCAUGUCUGUGGUCAAGGGUCGGCCAAAUUUGCGUUAGAUUGCUUUGAGCAGUUGAGAAAGUUGAAUCCAAACGGUCCUCGUCAUGAGUUAGCUCAUAACAUGAACGUUACCGAUGAAGAUUGUAAGAGAUUCAAGCCAUUGAAUUUAACAGCGGAAAUGUCACCUGCUGUGUGGUACGAUCCUGAUUUCCAACCAGAAGUUAACCCUCAUUCAGUUUACCCUUUUAAUCAAUUAAGGGAUGCUGGUGCUUUGUUGACCAUUGGUUCCGAUUGGGUUUUCUCUCCUGAUACUCCUAAUAUCUUUCCCGGAUUACAAUCUAUCACUGAGAAUAAGCAUGGCUGGGAUUUGACUAGGGAAGAAGUAGUCAAGAUCGUUACUAUUGAUGGAGCUAAAGCUGUUUCAAGAGAUAAAGAGGAAGGAACCAUCACCAAAGGAAAAUUGGCCAACUUCAUUGUGUUGGACCGUGAUUUGUUGACAGCAGAAGACAUCUCUAAGACCAUCGUCUAUAAGACUUACUUCGAGGGAAAGGAAGUUUAUGAUUUCGAAACUGAUGAGUUGAAACAUUUCCAAGGAGUUAUUCCAUAA